AUGCGUCGUUAUCAGUUUUAUAUAAUCGCCACUAUUUUUAUCUUAUCUUUAAUUCUUAAUUUUCAACAUCAAGCAAAUGGAAAUCCAAUCGAUGAUGUGAAUACGGUUUCAUCAUCAACAACAGUUUCAACAACAACAUCAAAUGGAGAUCAAUUGAGUCCAUCAACAUCACCCUAUUAUUUUCGUAUGAGACCAUUUAUGAUGUUUCCAUUUCGUGCACCAGUUCCUAAUCUUCAUUAG